UUUCAGAUUUUCUUGCGAGAGAACGGUGUGAGGCACGUCAGGACCGCCCCCUACCAUCCAUCAAGUAAUGGGCUGGCUGAGCGUUUCAUCCGCACCCUGAAGGAGGCCUUACGAAAAGAGAUGCCGGGCCGGCCUCUGUCCCGUCGACUAGCAAGUUUCUUGUUAGCUUACAGAAACACACCGCACGCCACAACCCUUCAGAGUCCUGCGGAGUUGCUGCUUGGGCGGCGGCUCACUACCCGUCUCGACAGACUGCGACCCUCUGCAGAGGAAACUGUUCACCGCAAGCAGGACGUGCUACAGGUGAAGCACAGUGGCAAACACCGACACUUCGUGCCGGGUGAUAAGGUGUACGUCAAGAACUUCCGGCCGGGUGAGAGGUGGUUGCACGGAGUCGUCAUGGCUAGAUCCGGACCGGUCUCCUGCAGGCUUCGCGUGACCACACCGCGGGGGACCUUCGUGUGGCGGCGACACCAAGACCACCUGCGGUUGCGGGAGAGCUCUACCCCAGAGGAGGAGGAAGGUGGUUUGCUGAUACCGAGUGUCCUGCCAUCAUCGCCAACCCCAGGGCAAGGGGGACUCGUGAACGAGCUGCCUCCAGUUGGGUCACCGGUGGUAGAGGGACAAGACAUGGGAUCAACUCCAGUCUCCGGUCGUUCCCCAGCCCAGCCGCAAGAAAUUCAGCGCCGGUAUCCCGAACGGCAACGGCGUGCGCCUAAUAGGUUUUCGCCUUGAGAAGGAAGAGAAAAAGACGAGGACUUUGUGUUUUUCAGAACUGUAAUUAUUUUGUAUUUAGUAUGUCUGUACUUUGUACGUUCCAGAACUUCAAUUAUUCUCGUGUUUUGUUAAAUUGUCAUAUCGUGUUACUUUGUGAGUAUUGCACUGGAACGCCGUCGAAUGGUAUUACUGUGCU